AACUUCACGUGUAGCGAAACCAAGCCAAGGAAGCAGCAGCAGCUUCCCGGCAGAAUUAUGUCAUUGAAAUGCAUAGCUCUAGUGUAAAAAGUAUAACACGGUUAAGUUAUCAUCAAGUCCCCCAAAACGAGUUCCUCGUCUGUUAAAGAGGGAUAAUCGUCAUUAUGUCUGGUGCAUUAGCAAGACUGCUGUUUUACCCCACGUUAGCCUACAAUGUUGUCAUGGAGAAGGUGUCUUUGAGGCGGUGGUUCGACCGUGUGGACCAAACCAUAAUACUUGGGGCUCUGCCUUUCAGAUCUAUGACGGAUGAGCUGGUACAAAAAGAGCAUGUCAGGGGAGUCAUCACCAUGAACGAAGAGUAUGAGACAAAAUACUUCUGCAACUCGGCUGAGGAGUGGAGUGCUGCAGGGGUGGAACAGCUGAGGCUGAGUACAGUGGACCUGACGGGAGUGCCAAGCAUGGAGAACCUCCACAGAGGGGUCGAGUUCGCCUUGAAGCACCGGCAGAAUGGAAACAGCGUCUACGUUCACUGCAAGGCCGGUCGCUCGCGUAGUGCCACCCUAGCCGCUGCCUACCUCAUACGGUUACACAGUUUGAGUCCAGAAGAAGCCUGUCAGACGUUAGCCUCUGUCCGACCACACAUCUUGGUUCGAUCAGCACAACUGGAGAUGCUCAGAGGGUACCACCAGCAAGUCUGUGAAGGGGGGGUCAAGAAUUGAUUCUGUCUAAAUUGUAUUAAAAACAUAUAUUUAUGACGAGGGAUAUCGAAGGACUUGUCUCUGCUGUGUCAAAAACUCUGAAGUUUACAAAUGUAUUUUUUGUACCAUUUCAGCAACAUCCAUAAAGCAAUGUAUAGCCUACUACCUGUUUAUGAAAUGGCUAAAACUGUAAAUAUCCAGACAUUUUGUACAAGGAUGUUGCUUGCUUGGAAUUCAAUAAACAAGUUCUCACAUUUCUCUCA